CAUGGUUGCGAAAUCGUCGUUCAGAACCACCAAGUGAAUCAGAAUUAAAAGAGAACCUAAUUAUUGCCACAAUGAAGAAACAGAAUGCUGACAAUCUUUCAAAUGAGGAUGGCAGGAAAGUUAUUUCUGCUGAAAAGAUUUCAAAAACAUCAUUUCCAGUCUAUGAUGAAUAUGAAAAAACACCUGGUGAAGGACUGAAGUACAAGUAGUAUCGAGACAUUUAUAUUCACUGUACAGUACUAGGAGACAAUCAUUAUUAAUAAAAUAUUCUUAUU